AAAUACGUACAUGAUCUUUUUUCGACCAUUUUGGCAUAUCUUUGGAGCAAUGCAGCUGGAGGACAUGCAUUACGAAAUGAAAACCGCUGCCCGCAACGCAUGUUUAGAGGAAGAUUUCAAUAUGUGGGAUCCUGGAAAAUGGACGAGUUGCUACACGGGCUGGAUGGCGCCCAUUUUUACUGCUUUGUUUGUCUUCCUUGCCAAUCUCGUGCUGUUUACUUAUAUCAUAGGAGUGGUGAGCCAUUACUACGGGAAAACAAAGGAACAGACAGAACGCAUUUGGGCAACUGAAAUCUUUAAGCUCAUCAGUUGGUCGGCUCAACUCCCACUUCCACCCCCUCCACUGAACAUUGUCUGGUUUAUCAUACGCUUUCUACUGACACUCAUACUUUUGGUAUACAUUGGUGUAUUGUGGAUAGUGCGCAGGCGCAAACGGUACGACGAACCUGAGGAACUGAUGGUUAACUACCCUGGAUGUUUCUCAACAUACCUCCAUAUUUUGUGGAUGCUGACGUGGUUUUACCAAACCCCUUACACAAACUACGCCAAACCUGCAGCCCAAAAACGCCUUCUUUUAGAAAAAGUUAUGGCGGACAUGGAUUUCAAGGAAGUGUUAAGUUCACCCACAGCAGUUCGUUGUUGAAAAGGAGACACUCCUCAAAUAUAUAUAGAAAUAGAUAUUGGCACAGGAAUACUCCCCGUUUUCAGCUGAAUUGCGACUCCCGCCGAGUACGUAAUGUGCAGUGUUAUAUUUGCACAAGAAAGGUAAUGAACAUUUCAAUAUUACAAACGUCAGAACAAUAAUAUUGCCUUUGGUGAAAACGUAUUAUCUUAAGGUUAUUCAACCUGACGGAUUUGACAGUUUUAAGUUCACCCAAUGUUAAGGGUUUAUGCUUGAGUGAAGUACGUGACCAAUACACUAAUAUUUAAUGUACAUAUCUUCCAUAAUGUACUUGGGAAGAGUGACAGUUUCAUCCUGUUCGUUAAAACAUUGCUUUGUUGAGUUAUGUGAUUUAAAGCUUCAAACAGUUUCUGAAACCAGACUUUCUUUUAUCUACAAAUUACGGCGGAGUAUUUCCUGAACGCCUUUCUUGAACGUUACCUUACACGAAGGUGUACAUAAUUCAUCAUUUUGAUCUCGAAAACCUUUCCAGCGUACAAUAGGCCAUGACUUCCUGUGUGGUGAUUACAGAAUCAACGACUAUGUUUUACUUUUCCGUUACAUCCGUCACAUGCUUUAAGGUAUUAACCUCUAUACCUGGUGUGAACUGAUUGUUCUAAAGAAACAACUAGGGGACUCCGUUGCCGAGGGCAUCAGCAAUCCAGCACGGCGCAAUGGCCCAGCAGCCUCAAACCAAUGCGGUCAAUGUGAGUUGAACUCAUGCUGGCUUCCUCUCCGGUGGUACGUGGGAAGGUCUGGCAGCAACCUGUUUAUGGUCGUGGGUUUCUGGCCGGUUUCCCCCCACCAAAAUGCUGGCCGCCGUCGUAUAAAUGAAAGUUCUUGAGCAAGGCGUUAAAGACCAAUCAAAUAAAUAAAUAGAGAAACAACUAUGACACAAUGACAUGUUAGAUGUCUGCAGACAGCAGGAAAGGGCUUUGAUUGUUUUCCCGUCAUAAUUGUAAAGAGAGUUAGCCCAGGCAUGUGUAUCAGUAACAGCAUUGGGAUUAAUGACACUGUGCUUUCUUCAAAGGUGUAAAUUUGAUCUGUUGAAUGCUGUGGACAUUCAGAAGAAAUUGUAAUUAUUUCAUUAUGAUUAUUAUAUAUAUGAACACAGUCGCUUAUGAUAUACCAUAUUUAUUGGAGUUAGGACAUAGUGCCAUGAUUUGCUACUGUCAACGAAUGCAAGUAUUUGAUAACUUAGGAGGUUACUUUUCGAAAUUGAAUAGCAUUUUCUUAAUAUAAUUUCGGUUAUUAUAUCACAAUUAAAACAAUGUUUUACUGGCACAUCACAAUGCAAGCUGCAAAAAUAUGCUUCAUUGUUUAUUUCGCACUGUUAAACUGUUGAUCUGGUCCUGUGAUUUUACAUUACGUGUUUUAAUAUCAAAAUUUUUCUUACAACGUAAGAGAUAUAAGAAUGCAGUCGUACAUAAUAUAUACGGUCUGAUAUAGAAAACCAAGUUUGAUUAUUACAAAAUACAAAAUCAUUGACAGCAAAGCAGCAGUGUGUAGAUUCAGAGUUAUCUCCCGUGACUCAAUAGAUACGCCAAUCUUUAACAGGCCCUCCAUUAAUAAAGUUCGAAUAUCACUGUAAAUUUAUAACGAAAUCAUAAUUACAUUUGUCUGUAGUUAUAAACGCUGUAACAUAGAUUUUUUAUAUGCGUUAUAGGCUAAAACCUCUGCUGUUUGAUUAAGCACUAUAGCUACGAGAUACUAAAAUGGGCUGCUAGAAAGGGCAUCGAACCCUUAAAACUUCUAAUACGUUCAUGUGAAUGAGAUACUGCUAAAAUAUAAUAUAAUAUAAUAGACGAAUACGUAAAACACUUGUUGGUAUUAAUUGUACACAUAUUAUAGCUUUAUACACAGAUAAAGUAUUGUUACUGCUCUGAAAUAUAUAUUCAAGACAAUGGAUCUUUGUUUUUCAUAACUAACACGGAAAAACAAUAUUGUUAGUUUUCCCGAUGAUAUACUAGUGGUCCACUAUUCAUUCAGUUCUACGCUGCCAAAAGCCAUAUCCAAAUGCCCCUCGCAGUUUGUCACAUAAAUAUACGGCGGAUUUACAAACUUUACAUUAUUACUAAUUAAAAUAAUGACUAAUUACCUGUUGUUAUCUAUUGUGAAUAAAUGUUUA